AUGCAGCCCAAAAGCCUCAGGACAGACGCGCGCGCGAAGCUCCACUCCAAUCCUGGAUUUUGUCUUUCUUUCUUUGAGAGCACGCACCGUCCUGGAUUGGAGUGGAGCUCGACGGCCCAGCGUCUGGGGCUCCCGUUCGCUGGAGUUGGCCCAUCAAAGCGGUCCUGCAUAACGCAGGCGACCCGCUGCUCAUGCCGGAUCGCCCAGAGGCAGCAGGCGUCGCGCGAGCGCGACCCAGUAGGUCCACCGAGAGGCAACGUGAGGGUAGCGCGCAGGUUCGUGGUCCGGCAGGCCCCCGGCGGCGAGUGGGAGGCCGAGGAGCACGCGGUCGAGUACGACACGGAGGACAGCCUCGACGUCCUCCACUUCCAGAUCUUCUCCCUCACCUCCGUCUCGCCCGACCUCCAGAAGAUCGUGGUGGAGGCUGAUGGGUCCGUUGUGGACGACGGCACCGACCUGGAGUCCAUUUCUAAGGGCCUCCGCCUCGUGUCUAUCGACGAGGGGGAAGACGCGGACGCGGCUGCGGCUGCAGUGACAAGGGCACAGGAGAAGUCUGACGACGAGCUCGUGGGGAUGAUUCAGGUGUUAGUUAGUUGGAAUCGCCCAGCGCAUGGACUUGCCAAGUGCAGGACGUAUGCAUCGCUUCAACAGAAGUCCAUAUGCAAACACCCCCCGGGCUUCCUGGCCUAUCCUGUAAGCCUAUUCAGCUUUGCACCAGGAGCCCCAAAUAAGAUUACGGUUCGUUAUGUGUCGCAGCGAACAACAUGGAAGUAUCUAAAAGGUCAUCAUGCUGGUGAAGGAGAGGUCUGGGCUACGAAAAAAAGAGGUGGUCACUCUAGCAAGAAUGAUAUAAUAUUCCAAGAUGCAUUAUAUGAGUCAUGGUGAAAACAUAUUUGCAAUAAAGCCACUGAGAUCUCAAUCUGGUUGGUUGUCAUAUGUAAAGCCUUGAUGAGUUCAUCUUUUCAGCCUUCCACCGCAGGAAACUGAAAGAUGUCCGGAGCAAAUGCAAAAUGUAUCUAGAAAAGUGCACGAAUGUACGAAUCUUUUAUAUCUAGCUAUUGAUGCAUAAUUUUGUUGAAAAUGAUUCUCUUCAUAUUCACCAACCGCAAAUCUCUAAUCAUGUACACAUUAUUGUUGUCUGCGAAAUCUCGAAUCAUGUAUACAUUAUUGUU